AUGGCUCCCCCACGAGGAAGAGGCGGUUUUCGGGCUAGAGGUAGAGGCCGUGGUGGAAGAGGCGGUACUACAAGGAGAAACAAUUUUGCUUCUUCACGAUUGCGCGAUGCUGAAUCGGACGAAUCCUCCGGUGAUGAUGCGCCCAGCAGCCCAGUUGAGGGGGAUAUGGGGGAUGACUCUCUAAUGGAUGAGGGCUCGUCUAGUAGUGACGACGAGGAGGAGGAGGAGAGCAACGGUCGCCCGUACAACGAAUUGCUUGAGCUGCUCCAUGCCAACUCCGACUCGACAGGUCCCGCUCGCAAGCGGAGAAAGGUCGCCAAUGGUGACAAGGAGGAAGUCCAGACUGCUUCGGUUGAGGAAGAGUCUGAUCAAGGCGAAGAUGCGCUACAGGAACAGGCUCCGUCGGAUGAUGAAGAAGUUCAGGAAGAGGAUGAUGACGAUGUCCUCGGACCUUUUGAGAAACACUUCAACCUUCCAGACAGCGCCGAAAUCACCAAGAAGAUUGAGUCGAUCACUGCCAACAAAUGGAUGUCGGCGAAGAAGGAAGUGGACGGUCUCCGGAUGGUGCAUAGCAUUCCCGACGUGGGAGCAGAAAAGGCAUCGUUGCUGCCGGCCUUGAAGAGCACGGCCAAUCUUAAACUCAAGAAUAAGUUGAAGCCCCGUGCCGCAGAGCUCCUCCCAGCAUUACCGGCCCAGCCCAGCAGAUCGCGCCAUGUUCUGUUCGGCAAUCGGACACCCUCUUCUGCAGAUGAUAUGCGGGAGAUCAUGGCUUUACACACUGUGAAUCAUCUGAUCAAGACUCGAGACCAGGUGCUGAAGAACAAUGCGCGCCUCGCGAAAGACCCCGACACCGAUAUUGAGUGCCGUGACCAGGGUUUUACUCGACCCAAGGUCCUUUAUAUUCUGCCAACUCGACAGGCAUGUGUUCGAGUGGUCGAAGCGAUUUCACGAUUCUACCAAGCUGAGCAGCAAGAGAACAAGAAGCGCUUCACAGACUCUUUCUCGGCUCCGGAAGACUCAACUUGGGAGAACAAGACUGACGAUUUCCGUGAGCUGUUCGGCGGCAACGACGAUGACAUGUUCCGACUGGGAUUGAAAUUUACUCGCAAGACCGUCAAGUACUUUGCCCAGUUCUACAACUCGGACGUAAUCUUUGCCAGUCCUCUUGGUCUGCGAACAAUCAUGGAUCAGGCCGAUGCCAAAAAGCGCGAUCACGACUUCUUGUCAUCCAUCGAAGUUGUAAUCGUCGACCACGCCGACGCCCUUCUCAUGCAAAACUGGGACCACAUGACAUAUAUCUUCCAGCACUUCAACUUGCAACCCAAGGAAGCCCACGGCUGUGACUUCAGCCGCGUUCGCAACUGGUAUCUAGACAAUCAAGCCCGGCACGUUCGGCAAACUGUCGUCCUAGCAUCCUACCUCACUCCUGAGAUCAACUCUCUCUUCUCACAACACAUGCAAAACAUCGCUGGUCGCAUCAAAAUCACUCCCACCUACGCUGGCGCCAUCACCGCGCUCCCUCUCCCCGUCUCGGUCAAACAAACCUUCUCCCGAAUCGACAGCCUCUCCCCGGCCAAGGACCCAGACGCUAGAUUCAAGCAUUUCACCACCACCAUCUUAUCUAACCUCGUGAAGAGCAUCACGGGACGAAACAAGAAUAGCGCGGGCACUUUGAUCUUCGUCCCCUCGUACCUUGAUUUUGUCCGCGUACGCAACCACUUUGCCACCUCCGCUCAAACCACUAAUGUCUCCUUCGGUGCUAUUUCCGAGUACACCGAGCCGCGCGAAAUCGCCCGCGCCCGCAGUCAUUUCAUGUCCGGUCGUCACUCUGUGCUUUUGUAUACGGAACGUUCUCACCAUUUCCGCCGGUACCAGCUGCGCGGCGUGAAGCGCAUCAUCAUGUACGGAUUGCCAGAGAACCCGACCUUUUACCAGGAGAUCGUCGGGUUCCUGGGUCUGGACCCGGCAGCGGUAGUCGAGGCGGCUGAGGGUGGUGUCCGCGUGUUAUUCUCCAAGUGGGAUGCGCUGAAGCUUGAGCGUGUAGUGGGAACUUCGCGUGUGGGCAAUAUGCUGCGUGAGAAGGGUGGAGAUACUUUUACUUUUUGUAUAGAAAAAUGUAGCAUAUAUCUUCUUCCUCAUGACAUACUUCGUAUAAUAAUUCGCUUAUACGAGAUUUUGCAUUUACACUGCAUGAGACACUAG